AUGAGUGUUGAUCCAAGGGUGAUUGUUGCCACAAACACGAACCCGAGAAUGGUUGGAGGUAUUGAGAUUUUCAGAUUACUAUCGAUUACUAAAGACUCUGGUCUUUCAUCAACCGCACCACUUUUGAGAGAGAUUCCAAAAGUCAAGCCUUUGACCAUAGCUGAGGUUAACAACUUUGCCACCAUUGCUCUGUCUCAGAUAUGGAAGGAAAGACCUACGCUAUAUAAUUUCACAUCAAGUCGUCAGUCCUUCACUAUCACACGCAUUCUUUCUGAGCUUGAGCGUCUGCUUCUCCUCGGUUUCAUCGACAAUGGAGGAGGUUCUAUCGAUGUUGGCGUCAUGACAGCUGAUAACCCAAUACCUCCUAAACCAGAGUCUGGAGGGAACAGUGGUGAAAGAGGUUUGAUUUCAAAUUCAGCACAUAUUGGUAGUGUUCUGAUCAAGUCUACAGACACAACUUUGAAAGUCGUCAAGAGGCCGUGUUUGUCUUAA